CCGCCAUCUUGCGUACGGAGGUGCGGCUUGUUUCCCCGAUCCUGAGGGCUGGGCACUUUAGUGUCCCCAGAUCUCCGCUUAGGUGCUGUGUCUUCGCUUUCCUUUCACCUUAUCAAAGAUGCCUUAUGGUGAAAUUGAAGCUAAAUUCUUGGGACCUAGUGAAGAAGUAACAGGUGAACCACACUAUAAAAAAUUGAAGUCAACUGCAGAGGCUUAUGUUUUCCCCCAUCAUAGUAGUGCUGAUUUUCACAGAAUCCAAGCAAAAACUGGAAAUGAUUGGGUCCCUGUGACCAUCAUUGAUGUCAGAGGACAUAGUUCUUCUCAGGAGGACAAAACCAAAACUACAGCUUUGCUGAGACCUUUGCAUGAUGAGAUGCCUGGUAAUAGACCAGAUAAUGUUGCAUCCAUUGAUUCACGAAUUUUACAGCAUGCAAGUCCUCCGUCACUAUCCACGGAAGAUGAGAUAUAUAGCACAAGCAAAGCAUUUAUAGGACCCAUUUACAAACCCCCUGAGAAAAAGAAAUGUAAACAAAGGAGGAAUGAGACAGACAUUCUCAGUGAUAUAAAUGACAAAGGAGGACAAGAGAAACAGAAGUUUAACUCUAAAAAAUCAGAGAUUGACAAUGAAUUAUUCCAGUUUUACAAAGAAAUUGAAGAGCUUGAAAAUGAAAAAGAUGAUUUGGAAAGCAGUUGUAAGGAACCCGAACCUCCUCAGGAACAAUUUAUUCCAUGUUAUCAGGGCCAUAAUAAUGAUCUCUUAAAAUCUGAUGAAGAAAAGAAAGAUCUUAGUAAUGCUUUUCAGUCACAUUGUGGUUAUCAACAGAACUUGGACAAUGAGCCAGGCAAAUAUACCUGUAAUGGACAAGUAAUACCUACAUUUUGUGACUUUUCGUUUACUUCCUUCAGGCCUGAAUGGCAGUCAAUGCAUCCCUUUAUAGUACCCCGUGGUCCUCCUAUUCCUAGUUUGAACUAUCAUUUAAAUAUUCAAAGAUUCAAUGCUCCACAGAAUCCACCAUCAAAUAUUUUUCAAGCCCAAGAUGACUCUCAGAUGCAAAAUGGAUAUUAUGUAAAUAGUUGUAAUGUUAACUGGAAUUGUUUGACUUUUGAUCAGAAGAAUGAAUAUACUGACUGUAGUGAGACUAGCAGUAGUAUUCAUCCCUCUAGACAUGGCUACAAUAUGCACGAUGGAUAUUUGAAUAAUGGUUUCUGUGAAAUCAGAGAAAGAUACUGGAAAGAUCUUUCUGUGGACAAACAUAAUAAUGGAGCAGAAAGGCUUGUGAACCAGCAGUUUCAAGAGGAAAAGUUAAAUAAAUUGCAGAAGUUACUUAUUCUUUUAAGAGGUCUGCCUGGUUCUGGGAAAACAACAUUGUCUCGAAUUCUGCUUGGUCAGAGUCGUGAUGGCAUUGUGUUCAGCACUGAUGACUAUUUUCGCCAUCAAGAUGGGUACAGGUAUAAUGUUAAUCAACUUGGUGAUGCCCAUGACUGGAACCAGAACAGAGCAAAACAAGCUAUUGAUCAGGGGAGAUCUCCGGUUAUAAUAGACAACACUAAUACACAAGCUUGGGAAAUGAAACCAUACGUGGAAAUGGCCAUAGGAAAAGGAUACAGAGUAGAGUUUCAUGAACCUGAAACUUGGUGGAAAUUUGAUCCUGAAGAAUUAGAAAAGAGGAAUAAACAUGGUGUGUCUCGAAAGAAGAUUGCUCAGAUGUUGGAUCGUUAUGAAUAUCAAAUGUCCAUCUCUAUUGUAAUGAAUUCAGUGGAACCAUCACACAAAAGCACGCAAAGACCUCCUCCUCCACAGGGGAGACAGAGAGAAAGAGUUUUAAAGACAACUUGGCAUAGGCUCAGCAAAACCAAACAGAAGAGAAACAGAAAAAGAAACAAAAAGAAGAACAGUCAGAAUAAAAUUAUGGAGGAAAACUCACUUGAAGUCUUAAGUGGUCUUACACCAGGUGAUCAGGACUCAUCUCAAAGUGAAGAGGAAGACUUUGAAGAGAUCAAAAGAGAAUCAGAGUGUCCCUUCACUGGUGGUCCACAAAAUGAAGUAGGAGAUUUUGUGAAUAGCUAUAAAGAAAAAAGAUGGAAAAACAUAGAUCCUGAAGACAGUUUUCCAAAUGUCAUGUCUAUAGUUGAGUUGGACAACACCCCAAAGAAUGACCUCCCCAAGGAAGGUGAUGACCAGUUUCUAAGUCUGUCUCUGAUGACAAAUGAAAGCUCCGUCGUUACUUGCUCACCGUUGACUCACAAGCUUCCCUAUGAGACAAGUGAUGACUGCCCUGGCAUGAAGGUAGCAAAGCACAUUGGCAGUAGGCAGAGCGUAGCCUUAGACAUCCAGGACCUAUUUGCUGAAACCCCAUUCUCAUAUAUGAAGAAGAGAGAGAUGGUAGAUCAAAGUCUCCCAAAUGAACCAACUCUGUGCCAUCAACACGGAUCCAGAACUUCAGAUAAAGUUUUAAGAGAGGAACGAGGAGUACCUGCAACGAAAAACAGUGAUUGGGCUUUUUUCACAAUGAGGUUAUCUGAUGGAGAAUUACAGCAGGAUUCUGAUAGACAGCCCUACUUUGGUAGCUGGCCUGAGGGACCUCAUAGGUUUAUAUGUGAACAGAGACCGAAGAAAGAUAGAUCACAUAAGCUGGCCUGUCCUGACGGCAGGGGGCCACUGAUUAAAUUGAUCUCCACUUCUGAAGGUGCAUCAGCACCAGGAAUCAGUUCAGAAAUAUCGAUGGAGGAGAAGCUACUGAUAGAAAAUGAAGAUUUCCCACCUCCACCUGAAACUACAGAGCCAUUCAUAGAAACAGAAACAAGUAUCUUCAAGAGAUGCUUACCUCAACGGGAUAUACCAGAGAAUGCCUUAGAAUCAAGAAAGAAUAAGAAAAGGAGACAGAAAAGGAUUUUCAAUUGGGCAUCAAACUUUAACUUACAGAGUCAUAUUAAUGCAGAAAAAGAAAGUGAGAAACAUGGUGUGUUAAUACAAAACCAUGGACUAAAAAUUAUUUGGGGAGAUGAAAAAGAUAGAAUUUCAGAAAUAAACUAUGAAGAGGAGACUAAGCAAGAACUUAGGAUCUUUGAUCAUCAUCCAUCGUGGUUUUACCUUCAUAUUAUGGAAGUUCCCCCUCUGUUUAUUGGUGGACAGUUUUAUUCUCAUUGCCUGUCACUUAACAGAUUAAGGCACUCUGCCUAUUUUUACAAAAAUGCUAUUCCUUCUCUUGUGCUACGCUAUGUAUCUAACUUUUGGAAGAUGUCUUUUACAAACAAGAAACUGUUUUUGACUUUCAAAUCUCAGACAAGAGUAGGCAAUAAACUAAACGAUGUAGGGUUUAUUUCUUCAGAAAUUUUAAGUAGCCAAUCUGACACUUUGUGCUCUUUGAGGGCCACUUCUGAUCUUCACUUUUUAAAUGAAAGGUUUGAUGAAAAGCUGAAGAUCUGGGAGGAACCUAAGUACUUACAGGGCUUACCGACUGAGGAUAGCCACGACUUAACAAGCGCUGACUUCGGUUCCCUUGGGCUACCAUUAUCACAAGGGUUUGCCUUUCAGCUAGUAAAGCUUUUUGGAUCUCCAGGAGUUUCAAUGGAGUCCUUGUUGCCCGAUGACUACAUGGUUCCCCUCGACCGGCGGACACUGAAGAUGAUCUAUUUGCAAUGGAAGACAUCAGUGGAGAAAAGACAGAAGAAGAUUGGUUAAAAAAUGAAAAUUCCUUGAACUGUAAGUACAGCUUAUUCCAGAGAUGUCUAUAUGAUCAGAAGGAAGUGAAUGUUGACAUUAUUUGGUUGUAAUUCUCAUAUGAACCAUGAUUGAAGAGUAAAAUAUUAAAAAAUGCAGUUUGUUACCAUAGCAACCCUGUCUGCUAUUGCACAUGUGAUGUUUUUAUUUCCUUUAAGUGUAGAUCUUUUUGUGAAAUACAACAAAGCUUAGAUUGUUGCUUUCAGAUUUAUUUUCCCACUUUAUUGGUUAGAACAUAUUUUAGAGCAUUCUGUCAACACACAAUUUUUGAGAGAUUUCUCCCCUUAGAUUGGUAUAUGAUGAGGGCUGGGAAUUAGGAGUGUAGGUUAUAUUUAAAUAUUAAAAGAUUCUCUAGGAAAUGAGGUAGAACAUAUAGAGAAACUCAUGUUAUAUUUUAAACUUGACAUCAAGCUGACAUUAAAAUAAACACAUUGCACUUUAAAAAAAAAGCCUAAAUUAUAAAAUAAACACAGCUGCUGCAAUUUUAGUAUUACGUGUAUCUGCAUUUGGUAAGAAUUGGAUGCACUGUGCAUUUACCAUAUAUUUUCUCUCUUGUUUUAACUCUUAUUUCUAAGAGUAUUGUUUCAAUUUCUUCACUAGAAAUACAUAUAUACCCAAUAGGAAUAUUUUUUGCUUGUUUCAAACUUACUCUGUUGCAAGAAGAGGAAGAAGAAUUAAAGAUUUAGAGAAGAGUUUAGAGAUUUAGAGGGACCGCUAGAAAUUGUGGGAUAAAUAUGGUACGGGACGAGAUAAGAGGUGAUGAAAAAUUCCAGAGAAAGUCAGUGAAGACGGUCAUUCAUUUAUUCAACAAAUACAUGUUGAGUUGCCCCAUGUUCUCCACACUGAGGAUAUAGCUGUGAAAACAUUCCUGCCCUCAUGGAAUUUCUGUCUGAGGGAUUACAAUGAGUGUCACAGGAUGUUGGGUAAGGACUUGGCUGAAAGAGUCUCUAGGCUCUCCCUCCCCCAAACUGGGGGAAUGAAGGAAAUGAAGUCCCUGUGAGCAGCCCCAAUGUGAUGAGACACCAGUACAAGCAGUAUGCGACAAGCAUGGGUAUAUUUAGCUGUGGCCAAUUCCAGGAGUCUUUUCUAUCUGCUAAAUUUGGAUGUUUUGUGUCAAGGACACUGUCGGGACUAUAAUUUUGAUAUUUAUGUUGAUGUUUCACAUGUACACUGAACUUGAUCUCUCUGUGAAACUGAUCUCACAAAGCAUUCUGCCCCGAAUUAUUAAUUUCUUCUUGUUAGAGAAUUUUAUGAGUGCUGUAGCUAUGUGCAGAUUUUUUUAACAAUUAUAAUUAGAAAAAGCCUCGCUGUAUGGUGUUGUGCUCAGUGUAGUGACCAGUGGGUAUUAAGGGGUCAAUAGAAAUCUGGAAAGAGGGAAAUAGCAAGAGAGUCUGGUUGGCUCUGGGAGCCACAAGGCCCUGACUAUUUCGAAAUACUCUCCCUGCUGAGUUGCUGGGUGUUGGAUUUGGCGACUUCCUUUGUGCAAGUGGGGUGGAGUGCUAGAAAGAGAACGGUUUCCCAUCCUUAAACUACUACUGACCAUCUGUGUGACCUUAAAUAAAUGGACCAGAUCACCACAGUUUCUUCACCUGUAAAAAAUGUAAUACCAUCCUGUCAUGGCAAUAUUAAAUGAGGAUUACAUAAAAUAACUUGUGCAAGGUACUUCAAAAAUAUUUGAAAAAUUUGAAAAAUACUAGACCCUUAAUAAGGGUUAAUUUCCUUCCUCUAAAUACCUCUCUGGGUUAAAGCAUGGCCUUUGAAAUACUCUGUGGCAAAAUAGAAAUUGUGUUCUAUAGGAGAGGUACAUAUUGACCUAGUAAACAUUUUAAUACAUUUAUAUGAAUCAAUGCAUUUAGUAAUUUUUUUGUAGUGUAAAUAGCUGGAUCCUCAGGGAAUGGGAUAUAGAUGGAGUUUCAAUUUGGGGACAGGAAGUUGGGAAUGUCAGAAGAAUAGGCAAUUGGAUGAGGCAGGACCAGGCAGGUUGUAGGCUGGGGAGAUGUGGAGUCCUAAGUGGGUGUGGCACAGCCGGAGACGCAAAGGCCGGGAACCUGAAAACAAACUCUGUUUGUGUCACCUUUUUGUUGGACUUGUCUGGGCUUGUGUUUAUUUGUAGCAGAGUUCUCCUGCCUUCCCGCGCUGCUGAAGAUCCUGAUCGCCCAGGAAAAUCAGAGUGCUCGGUGCUGACCCAAAGGGUUCAUUCUUUCCAGAGAUAUACCCACUGGAUACCAAAUUCGUUUGGAUAAUCUAUCCAGCCAUUCUUGCUAAAUUAUCUGAAUAAUAAAAAACUCAACGAAAGAG